UGAGACUCUCAAGACCAUCAUUAAAAUUGCCUUUGGCGAACAAAGUAUCCUCUGAAAAGGAUACAGCGAAAUGAGAGGAUCAGUGCCACUUAUUUUAGCCUCGAUCUUGGUGAUAAGUUGCCGCUCACACUCCAAUUCAAGCGCUGAAUAUUGCGAGAAUGACACAUGCGAAUCAAUGGACGGACCAUGCUUCGUUCCACGCCAGAAAGGAAUAUUAACUCGUUUGGAGGGAGUCAGAGUAGGUUGUUUCGCUUUUUAAGGGGGAGGGGGAUAUAAAUAUAAUUUCAUGAUCAAACGUGUGUCCAAAUGGUGGAUCAAAUGAAAUUGCUGUCAUAUACCAUUUUGUCUGAGAAAUUUUAUUUUGAAUCCAGUAAGUACAUUGUUUAGUUUCUUUCUUGUUUAUUGUUUUACACGUGAGGUAACAGCCGGUCAGAUACCAACUGAGCCUUUUUAUCUGUAGAUAUAAAACUUGUGUGGCCUCAUAAUUUGUGCCAUAUAAUAAUUUGGUUGGGUUUCCAAACAAUGAGAGUAAAAUCUAGAACAGAUAAUGAAUAUCUUUGAACUAUCGUGAGUAUCAAUGCUACUUUGAAUAGGGUAACCUAAGGCUGGUACCAGCUAAACAGGAAGGGCGCUGGCACUCAUGAGCCUCACUGACAAGCAACCACUGGCUCACUUGGUUUGUAGACGGGACACUGGUGAACGAUCAACAUGUCCAACUUCCAUUGUAUAACAACGAUGGACGAGCACCUAAACACCCUCGCAUGUAAUAGAACGUAACCAAGAACAAUCCGGAACCCGUCAAAUGGAUAAACGGCAAACAUCAAGUAGCUGCUCGUCCAUCAUUGUUAUUCGGGGUUUCUCUUUGACAGGCGUUGUGGGUACUUCCGGUUUUUUUUCGGAGUGAUCCAGGGUGUUGCGGUGCAGUCAGAGUCUUAGCCCUAAUGCCAAACGCUCCUGACCUUCUUUAACUUCCAACUCAUUUAGAGUUUCUUUUAGUUGACAUCGUGAAUUAAGUUAGAAAAUGCUUGAUUGGAAUUAAUAACUUUCCCUAGGAAAAAAAAUUUUGACGAACUUCUUUAGGACCGUUGGUAACAAAGCCUUUUGGACGUACAUGUCCAGCACUUCUUUUGGAUCUAUGCCGUUCCGCCGCCGUCAGUGUUAAGAUCGCAUUUUCAAUCUUUGAAAAAUUAAAGUACGUGAAUAAUCAACAGGCCGCUUUUCACUGUAUUGUUAGGAUGUAUUCUUGAUCAUCUUGAACCAACUUAGGCUAGCCUUGUAAUUCGUCAGUGUAUAAGAAAUGAGGGCAAACAGACGGAUCAUCUGUCCAGACGGAAUCAGGUGCUCAGGUCGUCUUGAAUCAGAUUCUUCUCCGGAACGGAUGCAUCAUCCAUACUAAUGGGCCUCAAUGGGAUGGUAGCUCCGACGGUUGAGGUUAACUUUUAAAGCUUUUGACGGUUUACGGUUAUCAAGUGGAAAUUUACUACAAGAGUUUUAGUAAAGAUUAAUUUCUAUAUAAAUUUAUAUUAACUAGUGCGUUUUGGAGGCUGUCUUGGCCUUUCACUUAUAAAAUUUGGAAAUAAUUUCAGAUAUAAUGGCACAAGGUAGAAGGAGUCGGUUUUUGAGAACUGACCUAGGAACUGGUUUUCUAGUCUCACGCUAGCGAUUCAGUCUUCAGGAGCCAGAAGUCCAUGAAAAUCAGCAGAAAUACUCAAAAAAAGCAAGAUUUGAAAUAUUUUAUUGAAACUUUUCUGCAUUUUUGACGGUUGACGGUAAAAAAAUUACCGUUUUUGACGGUUGACGGUUAAAUUUUAGGCCGUUUGACAGCUGGCGGGUUAACCUCAUUGAGACCCUUACACUAACAUAUACCCAACCAAUGAGAAUCUUGUAAAUAGAAUCAACCGAGGUAUCGUCGACUAUAUGCAAUAUUCGCAAUAAAAUAUCAAUAGAUAUUUAGUGUUAAUCUAUGCCAGUAGCUUCGAUAUCUGAAAAUGUUUUGCGCACAGCCAUGUGAUGUUCUUUUUCCUUUUGAGGUUGGUCACAGGCAGGAAGUGACACUAGGGGAGGAUGGCAAAUAUGAAGUCAUAACUCGAGCUAUGAAGCCCUUGUUAUUUGGUUGGUAAAAAAUACCAUAUUUGCUUCAACCGCAUUCACUCUACCACUAGACUUCUGCCCUGCCUACACAUUAGGGACGGACCAUCAGAAACGUUCUGGGGUCGGGGUAAUUUUCAAGUCGUAUGAAUUUCUUUGGCGUCAACUUUUCCCUUGUAUGAAUUUUUAAGCCCAUUGCAUUAAUAUUUUAGGGGUCUUGACUUCGUGUGCAUGAUUUUUUGUUUCAUUUAAUUUUCCCUUGCGCGGAUAUGUUUUUUGCACUUCGCCCUCUCCUUAAAUCUUCUAAUGAUCAGUCCAUUAUUGGUCUCUUGGGACCUUUUAGCAUUCAUACGCUUUUUACAUUCUUAUAUACUUAAGAAUGGGCCAUUUAUAGCUAAACCGUCACAUGGUGUACAAAAACCACCUCGCUUGGACUCAAACAACGCUUGAGACCUUGAAAGAAUUUUUAAGUUAUGGAACUCUUUUGGUCUUCUUGCCCCACGUUGGCUGCUUCACUUGUGUCUUAUUUUUUUCUUAGAGAUUCCCAAUUUCCUAUCGGAGGACGAAUGUGACUAUAUCAUAACACUGGCCAGUGAGAACGAGCUGAUGAAUAGUGUUGCAAAAGGAGGGCUCACAGAGGCUGAUAACUGGAAAUUUGAUCCAUACAGUGAGUAAUAGCACGGCUUCAUGAAUCCUAUAUUAAGAAAUUAGAGAAUGAAACAAUGUACAGUCUGAGAAAACUACAUUUCGCGACGCCACCACUUGUUUUCCCGCGAAAUAGCGUCUCACAAACGAGCGCAGAAAUCCUAUACAGAUGACGAUCACUAACCAGAUCUGGCUGUACUUCUGAUUAUUGGUGCCGCGCGGGAAAUUUGUUUCAACCGAUUCAGGAAGCACUACCUGGAUCUCAUCAUCUGGGUGAUGACGCCGCCGUCAGCCUUCAUCUUCUUCUUUUACACCAAAGAUCUCUCAGGAUCUGUAGACCCACUCUGAUGCUGUAUUAUUGUUAAGUCUCUCUUCUCAGCAAGGCUGAUGGCCUGCGAUGCCGUCAGUCAUCAGUAUGAAAUUUCUGCAAACGUUGCUCAGACGUCAUUUCGCGUGGAAACCAGUAGUGGCGUCUUGAAAUGGCGGCUGUUUUCUCAGGGUGAACAGCUAGAAAACUGGUAGAAAUCACAGUAUAGCAAGACAUGUUCGACCGGGAACCUGUUGUUCUCCCCACGGCAGAAACAAAAUCAAAAAAACUUCGGUAGUACCACUUUUCCGGAAGAAACUCUCUUGAAAUGAAAGAGAGAGAGAGGAGGGGUGUAGAUGACAGUCCCAAUUAAAGAUUUGCCUGUAACUUUUACCAGGAAAGCCGAAAUUGGAAAACUUCGUGGAACACGAUUCAGUAUGAACGAGGACCUCUCGGGUAUAAACCAGUGCGGCAAUACCACGUGAAACACUGCUAUGCAACUUAGGCCUGGCCAAACCUCGACCUUUCAUGAGACGAACGAAACUUACCGAGUUACUCAUCAAAGGUUCGACCUCUGGCUCAGUUUAGUUCCAUCCGUCCAACGUUUGACCCAGCAGACGAUCUUAACUUAAUUUAGGUCGACCAAAUAAAAUUGGAGUUUGGUUCGCCUCAUUUUUGGUCUAGGCCCUAGUGAAGAGACACUAACUACAAAAGCAGCAGCUAAGGCCGAGGCCAAACGUCAAACCUUUUCUGAGACGUACCAAACUCUAACUUGGGUCGAUCUAAAUUAAUUUAAGAUCCUCUGUUGGGUCAGACGUCGAACUUAAGACGCGUUGAACCGGAAUUAACUGAAUCAGACCCGAGUCGGCCAGCGGGUAUUCAAUAAUCAAUUUUCUCCCGAACGAGACUAAAUAUACAAAUUUUAAAUUUAUUGGUUUAGUUCCUCGCAUGCGAAGAUAGACGUUUGUCCCAGAGACGAUCAUCAGACGUUCUAUCCGUAUGCUUCAGACGGAUAGUUAACAAAUCGACCACAAUUUUCCGUGGUCUACGCUCUUAUAGACCAUAGAAAUGACGUCAUAACUGUGUUCAAAACUCAAGUGGAACCACAAGCCGCAGGCGAGUGUUUUCACUGCAAAGUAUUGAACAUUUUGUGGCGUCAUGGAGUUUAGACCAUACAAAAUUGUGGUCGAUUUGUUUUUUACAAUAACGUUUUUCUUUUUUUUUCGAAAAACCAAAAACAAAAAAAACUGGCACUGCGUGACAUGUUACGUCAUUUCCAUGGCCUAUACUCUCAUAGACCAUAGCUCUCGUCCAAUCAGCGCUCGAGGAUUCGCUCAGUUAUUGUAAAAAAGGAGUUGAACGAUCCAAACUCAUUCAGACGAACUUAACUGAGUCAGACUUCUAACUUUACAUGAACUUAACUCACUAAGUUUGGUUUGUCACAUGAAAAGUUCGACGUUUAGCCUAGCCGAGACCAAUUUGAUUGUUCGUUGAAGUCAGGCUUUCCUUAGUGACUGACUUUUAUUUAUUUGAACGUUUUUGACUAGUAAUUCUUAUGAGCAACGCAUUCUUUAAGAUGAAGAACAUUCAAUCAAUUAAAUGUGCGUUUCAGUUCAAGGUAAAGCGAAUGGACCCAGAGGACUGUAUGAAAACUGGGACUUUGAUCUAGACGGGAAAAUUACUAUAGAGGAGGUAAGGUUAUAGCUUAGCAGCGGUCUUCAUUCCAGGAUAAAAAUAUGUAGUAAACAGCACAGUUGAUCCUAUAUCAUUUACUGAAUUCAUGGCUAUGUACGGUUCUAAAAUAUAUCAGUUUGACGAAGACAAAGUUUGUUUGCAGAUAAAAAAGUUUGCAAAGAGAUACAGAUAUCUUUACCUCACGGACGAGGAAGUGAAAAAGAUGUAAGUUGUCGCCGUCCAUCUACUGUAGUGUAUACUGUAGAAUGUUGUGUUAUGGUUCUAAAUGGGUUUUUUCGCAACCAAUUGAUUUGGAUGAUUAUUUAAAACAAGGGAAAUUAAAAAUAAUUUUUGUUAUUUGUUUUCAGAUUCACCGACUUAAACUUACACACUUUUUUAGAUGAUGGUAUGUAACUAUUAGAAUAAGCUUAAAACUUUGCGCAACAACUCCUAACAAAACGCCACAACAUGCAACAGGGUGUGCAAAUGAACGCAAUGUGUAACAUCCAUAUCCAACAAUAUUCGGGGUUUUUGGCCAACACAUGUUGCAUCCGUUUGCAGGGGUCUUUACUGUGAUUGACAGUCUUAUCUUUGUAUUCAUUGCCUCUGGUAUAUUUGCAAUAAAAAACAGAAAGAAAGAAAAAAAAGCUACAUCAUCCUCUUGGUCUGAACAGAUCUCGCAUGCCAGAUCGCCCUAAGGGCGUAGAGCGCGCCUCUUACUUGCGCUAUCGAUUCCGCGGCUUAUGUGAUAAAAUACUUAAUGAACAUUUCUGGGGUUGAGGAGUCUUUCUCGGAGCAGAUCAAACCAUGUUAGAUCAGGAUCUAUUAUGGAGAAAAAAAUAUAGAUUUAUAUCAAAUUUGCUCGAGGUAGAUAUGAUGUAAACUGAAUCGCAGACAAAGAGGAAAAGCAAUGGCAUGGCAAAUGCCGUAUUUUCUCUCUAACUUACACGCAGCCUCAUGUGAAUUAGGAUACAAAUGUUGUAUUUACAACCUUUGCCCUUGUGUUUCUCCUAGUUUUUUGCAUAAUAUUUAUCUCGAGCAAAUUAGAUGAAAAUGCAUUCUGUGAGAUCUAUUUGCGUUGAAAAGGAGGAAUAUCAUGAUGUGUAUAUUCACUGAUAGACCAACGGCUGAUAGCUGAUAGUGAGUUAUAUGGCUUAAUCAGACCUCUCUUUUUCCAAAAUAGGUAUUAUUACUCGUGAAGAGUUUGAGCAUUUGAACACCAUUUUGAUCGACAGUUACAUGUAUGAAAUGGGUCGUAGCCAUCCUCGCCACAGGGAAAGAUUCAGUGAACAAACAUGGCUGACGCAAGAACACGAAGACGGGCUUCUUCAGGGAAUUCGCUUGAGGUACAAUAAAAUGUGUCCAGUUUCUUGUACGAUGAAAUAUUUAGAAUUACUUUAAUUUCAUUUUUCACAUCAUAACAUUUAAUUAACCUUAUGGCUAAAAGACAAACGAAGCAAGCUGUUCGCAUUCAUUGGAGUGUAUUUUCAUUUGUAACCCAGUCUUCACGCUGUAAGGGUUAAAUGCAAAACCCCAAACGGACAACAUACGCCCAGGUCCCAUAAUGCACCUCAUUUGCCCCCCAAAAUUAUGCAUAACCUUUGUUUUUCAUUUCUCCUGUCCAAGAGAAAUUGAAAACAAUGCUUAUGCAAACUUUUGGGGGGAAAAUAAGGUGCAGCCUUUACACAAGCAAAAGCACCAAGUCAGAAAAUGUUGUUCCCACGCCGGGAAUCGAACCCGUGCAGUGUGUCAGUGAAAGCGGAGAUCAUGCACUAAACCAGGUAGGAGUGGUUAGUUCUGGGAGGCAGAAUAAAAGAACUUUAUGUCACUUAAGCGAGAGUUGCUAAAUAAAACAAAGCGCUUUAGUUGUAAAAACUGUAUUUUAACCUAUUCCAACUGAAAGUAAAGGAAAAUUUUCUCAGGCAAGCCUGAAGGGACGAGCGAGAGCGUCAAAGCCGUAACCAGUGAUUGGACAUACACAGUGUCAUACAGCAAUGAAUAGGAGUGUUUAUAACUUAAUAUGCAGCGUUUUCAACUGAUAACUUAUGAUCACAGGUUGUCAUGAACAAGUAUAAUUAAGAAUGUUUUGUACAUUGUUGUCUCAAAGAGUUCAAGCCCUAACGAAACUCCCGGAUGAGAUAAUUUACGGAAGCGAGUACAUACAGGUACGAUGCUGCUGAAGAUUCAUCUUGUACCCUUAAAUCUAAAUCUACUUUUUCAUGAAGUGCUUACCAAGCGUUUAACUAUUGAUUAUCCACUUACAUUUAUAAAUUUAUAAAUUGUACGUUGUUUCAUUGUCUAAGAUGGAUCCAAUCUAGAAUAAAAAUCCUGCUCUUCUAAUUACCUAUGACCGCGAUUUAACUCGGGGUACUAAAUUAAAAUUGCCUUUUUUAUGUACCUCUAUUUAAGUUGGGUUUGGUGCAAUUUUUGAAUUUUUAUUACCUGACCUUUCCUUCGUUAUCAAUUGAAUUGUUCUCCCCUGUUUUUAUUCCGUUGAGUAGCGUCCCCGACCAAACAGAUGGUUCAAUAUAGGUGCACUUCCUUUGCUCUGUGAUUUGCUUGCAUUGCAUCGUGGCCGUUGACCGAGCUUUCUUCUGUACACUUUAGUCCAUUCCAAGCUCAUAAGGCAAACCCUCAUUUAUGCAUGAAGAUUGAUAUAAAUGCGUUUGAUUAUAUACCUCGACUGUGUGCUAAUUAUCUGGCAGGUUGUUCGUUAUGGAGUUGACGGACAUUACCACGCCCACCUUGACAGUGAAACUCAUGAGAAUCCGGAGAUACGCUGUUGUCAUCAGAUUCCAAACGCUGGAACAGAUGGCCGUGGAGCAAAAUGCAAGUUGUGCAGGUAAUAGGGCGGAUGUCUAGUGCAACGGCUUACUAUCUAAUAUGACAAUAUUUUGGAAAUCAAGAGAGCAUUCUCUCUUGUGGAAACAAUGGAAUCGAAUCUCAGUAAAUAGCAAUGUGAUCCCACUUGCUGUAAAAAUUUGUUGCAGAUGCUCUUACUGCAAUGUAAAGUUUCCGUUUGUUCUACGUAUUUGAAAACUUGGACCCCCAACAAAGAGCUUCUUCCUUUUUUCAGGUCACCAGAUCUUUAGGCAGACAGGUUCGUUUAAUUUUCCUAACAUCUUAAACUGACCACUUUGACAGGUAUGUCACAAUCCUGUAUUUCUUAAAUGAGGUACCCGCCGGUGGUGAAACAGCGUUUCCAUUGGCUGAUAAUGCCACUUUCGACAAAGAGGUUUGUGUACUUUGCUGUUCGCACUUCUUUCUGUUCUAUCGAAAGUAUUUUUAUGCUUUAUUUUCUUUAACAUAUAAAGUAUUGUGGUUUUGAUUCCUAUCUGCUGGUUAGUCUUAGAGGUUUUUCUUCAUUUUUUCUUCGGUAUUUUGUCGCCAGUCUAUUGGUCUUUCGCGAAGAAAAAUCAAGGGAAAACUGGGACCGCAUAGGAUCGGAAAAAUGAAUAAUCCAUGAAUGAAUCCAUGAAUGAAUAUGGUUGCGCAGGGCCUUUUAUUUAAUUGAGGCAUAUCAAUAUAAUUUUCUUCAGGCACUAACUACGCAUAUCUUAACCAAACGUUAGAGAGCUACAGCAUUUUACUUUGUAGGUCAUGAGUCGGGAGUUUGGGAAAAGGGAAAAUAUCAUUCUCUUACGUAAUUCAAAUUCAUGAUACCCGUUGAGCGCUCUCUGAACGACAGAGCAACGGAGUUAAACGCCUUUGGCACAGCGCAUUCUGUGUGUUGAUAAACAAUUAACGUGGUAGGAUCAAAGCUCUUUCAUUGAAUGAUUUCUCAAAUUGCUUUAUUCCAUGUUAGCUAUAAGAUGAACAUUACAAUCAAGACAGUUGGCUCUUGCAAUGCGAGCGUUAAAUGACCGUACUUCUAAAAAUAGCCCGCAUGGCAAGGAAAGAAAUAGAGAAAAUCGGGUGCACUAGUGAGCAAUGGACACGCUGUUUAUGUAAUAGUUUUCCCCUCUUACCCCUCCCUUACAGACGCCCACGAGCCACGUAGGCUAAGUGGAGAUCGUCAAAAGUAAUUUCUAAUUAACUGAAACGCUCCCGUAAAAUUUUUACUUGCAGCUUAUAGGAGCCAUUCGACCUAAACAAGACCUUUACAACCUGAGGGAAUAUUGUCACAAGUCGAAUUUGGUUGUAACUCCUAGAAAAGGAACUGCCAUCAUGUGGUAUAACCACUUCAUGGACCCGGAAAGUGGCUGGAUGGGAGAAAUGGAUCCAUAUUCAAUUCACGGAGGAUGCGCAGUAAGGAAAGGCAUCAAGUGGAUCGCAAAUAAUUGGAUCGCCGCUCCAUAUAAAAAGCAUGCUCAUGUCCCAAGCACAUACAUACUCGGCCCAGAUACUUCUUUUACCGAAUGGGUGUGACAAGAUCUGAGAGGCUGCAGAGGAGAGUUUCCUGUUCUGCAUUACAAACACUGGCAAAAUAACAAAACAAUUGUUCAAUAUUGCACGAAGCGCUGUCAAUUGGGGUUGCUCGGCUACGAUCAGUGAUUGAGGCUGUUUUAAACUCUUGAAAAAUACCAUCAACACGGUACUCUAGC